UUUACGCGGGAGUGUUUCAAGGCAAAAGCCGAGGUUACCGCUGUCUGGAGUCAGUCGCCAGUCGCCUCCAGGACAUGCUGGUUCCACUACUUAUCAUAGCGGCUGUAGCCGCUUGCUUUACCCAGGCGCAGCAGGACUUUUACGAAGGAAGCCAAUGCUCAAAUGGUGGAAUACAUGGUACAUGCCGGCUGCUGAUGCACUGCCCACAAGCCGUGGAGGACUUGCAGAAGCGACAAAAGCGACCACUCCACUGCUCCUUUGAAAAUGUGCUGCCAGUUGUGUGCUGCUUGAAUCAACUUGGCGUGGAAAGACCCGCGAAUGAUACGGUGAAGUCACCCCUGGCAAAGAAGCAAAGUACGCCUACGACUGCAUGGUCAACGUCCCCAAGCCCUCGGAUCGGUCGCAUUGCUGUAAAAAAAUGCGAGGAGUUUAAAAAAUACUUAUUUAAAGAUGAACCAACGUUUUCUCUUUCGUGGCUUGCUAGGAAAGAGAACAAGACUCAGUGUGCCGACCCUGGAGACGCCUUUGUAACUGGCGGCAAAGAAGCCAACCCGAAGGAGUUCCCUCACAUGGCGAUGGUGGGAUACGGUGACAGGGACAACAUUAAGUACGAAUGCGGAGGGGCACUCAUCUCUCCGCUCUUCGUCCUCACUGCCGCACACUGCACGCCCAGGAAUCGACCUGCUCGUUGGGUGAUGCUAGGCGAGCUGGACCGUUCAACCGAAAAGGACGACGCUAGGCCAGAGCUCCUCGAGGUGUCUGGCGUCGAGCUGCACCCAGAUUACACAGGCAGAACGAAGUAUUUCGACAUUGCACUGCUUCGCCUGGAGAAAGAGCCCGUGCUCAGCGGAUACGUGCGGCCUGCCUGCUUGCACACAGAGAGAUCAGUGUCGUCGGACACAAACCCUAUAGCGACCGGCUGGGGUCACCUUUGGUACGGUGGUGACCCGAGCGACAGGCUGAUGAAGGUGCGGCUGCCGGUGCAGGACUACUCCAAGUGCAACCAGAGCUAUGAUGUAGGUGACGUGCUCCCUCGCGGAGUCUUGGAUGACACCCAAUUGUGUGCUGGAGACCUCUCCGGCAAUAAAGACACUUGCCAGGGUGACUCCGGCGGCCCAUUGCAACUGUUCACGGCAAAGGGGCCACUCUACUGCAUGCACCACAUCAUCGGCGUGACUUCGUUCGGCCCGCGUUGUGGGACCCUCAGAGAUACCCCCGCCGUCUACUCACGAGUGUCAUCGUUCAUUUCAUGGAUUGAGAAUAUUGUGUGGCCUGAAAAAAAUUAGCUAAAUACAUUGUUUUUGAAGUACGCUGCUCUCAUCUCCCGUGACCGUUGAAGAUGACCAGCAACUUCGUUGACGAACUUAUUUUAUUAGAACGCAUUCGAUUA